AUGGGCAUGAAAAGCAUCUCUGUUUUCUUGUCAUUCCCUUUUCUUUUCCUCCUGACCUUCAUCUCAUUUCACGCACAAACUAAAGCUGAUGAGAGCCGCGUUUAUAUUGUGUACAUGGGAUCUGCAGCCUCCUCCUCACCAAGAAGUAAAAAUUCCUUAAGGAAUGACCAGGCUCUUCUUCUCGAAUCUGUCUUAAGACGCAAAGCAAAUGCAGUGGUGCACACUUACAGGCAUGGUUUCUCAGGGUUCGCGGCUCGUCUCUCCGAAGAGGAGGCCCGCUCCAUUGCUCAUAAACCUGGAGUUGUGUCUGUUUUUCCUGAUCCCUUAUUAAAACUCCAUACCACUCAAUCUUGGGAAUUUCUCAAGUAUCAAACUGCUUUAGAAAUUUAUUCAAAUCCCAACUCCAUCUCCGGCGCCGCCAACGGAUUUUCAUCUGUUAGUGCUAAUGGAUCUGACACCAUCAUUGGUAUUUUGGACACAGGUAUUUGGCCGGAAUCAGAGAGUUUCAAUGACAAAGAUAUGGGUCCGAUUCCGUCACGGUGGAAAGGAACGUGCAUGAAAAGCGAUGAUUUCAGUUCCUCCAACUGUAAUAGGAAGUUGAUAGGAGCAAGGUUUUACGACACCUCUGAAUCUGAUGAUACAGAAACGGAGGACGGUUCACCAAGGGAUUCGCAGGGACACGGCAGCCACGUGGCAGCCACAGCGGCAGGGAGCAUCGUACAGGGUGCAUCCUACUACGGUGUAGCUGCUGGGACAGCCAAGGGAGGCUCCCCAACUUCAAGGAUCGCCGUCUAUAAGGUAUGCUCAUCGGAAGGUUGCCUUGGCUCGGCCAUUUUAGCGGCCUUUGACGACGCUAUCGCCGACGGGGUGGACGUUCUUUCGCUGUCGCUUGGUUCACCCAUUGAGUAUGAGCCGGAGUUGAGCAGCGACCCUAUUGCCAUCGGAGCGUUCCAUGCGGUGGAGCAGGGGAUUACAGUGGUCUGCUCCGCGGGGAACGAUGGCCCCUACCCUGAAACGGUUGUCAACGCUGCGCCUUGGAUUGUGACCGUUGCUGCCACCACCAUUGACCGCGAUUUUGAAUCUGAUGUGGUGUUAGGUGGAAACAAAACGAUCAAGGGAAGAGGCAUAAAUUUUUCCGAACUCCAAAAAUCUACUGUGUACCCGUUGAUAUAUGCUGGGUCCGCGGGCAAAGGUGAAGCAAGAAACUGCGAUGCAAACUCAAUGGUGGCAGAAAUGAUCAAGGGGAAGGUUGUUAUGUGUGACACCAAUGAUGAUAAUUAUUCGAGGAAUGAACAGAUUGACGCAGUAAAGAGUCUGGGCGGAGUUGGUAUCAUUUUUCAAGAAAAGAAUCCGGGAGUAGUAGUACAUAUUUCCAAAUCACUUCCGGCAACGGUCGUCAGCGUAAAGGAUGGUCUGGACAUCCUCUCCUAUAUCAACUCAACCAGAAACCCAGUUGCAACCAUCUUAGCAACAGUGACGGUGACAAAGUAUAAACCAGCGCCCAUUGUGGCAUAUUUUUCAUCCAGAGGACCUUGGCAUGGCACAAGGAACAUUCUCAAGCCUGAUAUUGCAGCACCUGGUGUGAAUAUUCUUGCAGCAUGGAUGGCCAAUGAUACGGGUAUUGCUCUAGAAGGAAAAGAGCCUCCACUAUUCAAUGUCAUCUCAGGGACUUCCAUGGCAUGCCCCCAUGUUUCUGGGAUAGCUGCCACCGUCAAAUCACAAAACCCCACAUGGAGUCCUUCUGCCAUCAGAUCAGCACUCAUCACAACAGCAACUCAAACAGACAACUUGGGAGCCCCAAUUACUACAGAUUCUAAUUCUACCGCCACCCCGUACGAUUACGGUGCAGGGGAAGUAAGGACAACUGGACCCUUACAACCAGGGCUGGUUUAUGAAACUGACACCAUCGACUACUUGAACUACCUCUGCUAUUAUGGCUACAACAUAUCCCAAAUUAAAACCAUCGCAAGAACUGCUCCCAAAGAAUUUGCCUGCCCCAAGGACUCCAAUGCUGAUUACAUAUCCAACAUCAACUACCCAUCAAUAGCAAUUUCCAAUUUCAAUGGAAAAGAGACCAAGAAUGUAAGCAGGAGGGUUACAAAUGUUGCAGGAGAUGGUGAAACAGUUUUUACCGCUACUGUGGAUGCACCUACCGGUCUAAGUGUCACAGUGAUUCCUGAUAAACUAGAAUUUUCAAAGAACAACCAGAAGCUGAGUUACCAAGUGGUUUUCUCUUCAACCACGUCCUCUCCCAAGGGAGAUAUGUUUGGGUCUCUUACAUGGACCAAUGGAAAGAAUAAAGUCCGAAGUCCAUUUGUUGUAAGCAUUUGA